AUGAAUCAGCUCGCCUUAACAGAAUCUGUUACAGAUCAGAAGCUACAAUGUCCGCCAGCUGACGACGGCAUGGAGCGAUUCGCGUGUCCGACGCCUGACCGGCAAGGCCGGUACCACUGCAUCGACGACCAUGUUCUCUGCGACGGAUUUGUCGACUGCCCAUCUGCAGAGGACGAGGACAGGCACGCAUGCAUGUUCUACAAAACGUGGCUAGCAAUGCGAGACUAUGAAGAUAGAAAGCAGUACGUCAGGUUGAAUAGAGAAGACGAAAGCGCAUCUGGACGUGCUGGCCGACGCAUUACUACGGUGGGCGCGUGGCCGCUAAGCACCCUUCAGCUCCUUUCCCUUCUGUCCUCCCAUCUCUUCAAUGGAGGGGGGACGAUCAAAGGGAUCGCACACCGCGUCCACGCUUACCAUCACGACCUGCUGAAGGACUCGAGCAAUCUCAUCGACAAUCCUUAA